CGCUCGCAGGAAGUUCCUAUCCUGUCGAGAGCGCGAGAUAUGACGUAAGUUGCUUGCCGCGCAGUGAUGAUGGCGUCGCGUGAACGCGCAGUAAAAGUAAUGGCUGCUCUGGAUCGGCGGGUGCCUAGCCUCGAUGAUUUCGUGGGUCAAAGCUGGACUGCCUGGGCCGAAUGGGCCGGUGUGACAGCGGCGGAUGGGCCUGAUGUGGACGACUGCAGCAAGAAUGGCAAAAAGGCUGCAGAGGCCAUGUCUCUCAGUAAGGAGGACAUGUCCAUCUUUGGUCUUUACCCUGGCCAUGAUGACUUCUUCCUGGUGGUGUGCAGCCAUUGUGGCCAAGUAGUGAAGCCGCAGGCAUUUGAAAAACAUUGCGAGCGGAGACACGGCCCUGUGGCCAAGCUGUACGCCCGACUGCGCUCUCCAACUCCUGCACCCCAGCCCCAGCAGAGGCCCCACCAUGGCCACUCUCCUUCUCAUGCGACCAAUUCUGCCUCUGGUUCAUCCUGGGAGGGUCGAAGCCAGGGGGUUGGGCAGAUGCGGGCAGCCCCACCUUCGCCUUCUACCCCACCCCAGUACAGACACUCCAAGAACUCCAAGGACGGAGUACGACAUUCCCCACUGGAGAAGUCGUCCUCAUACAGCAGCCACACAGAGUCAUCAGUAUUCAAGCAGCCGCCGCCUUUGGAUCCUCCGAUGAGCUCUCCACCUCCGUCACUCAGAGAUCCCCCAUGGCCACAUGGAAGCACCCCACCUGGUAGGCCUUUGCCCAGUGACAGGCCCCCCUCUCAGAGCCAGAGGAAGGACUCCUCUCUGGCCACUGCAGUGCCAGGCCACCGGAUCCCCAGACCCUACAACAAAGUGGCCUCCAAGAGGGAAUGUGACUUGGACAAACACUGCGGCGUCCUUGACCCUGACAGGAAGAAAGUCUGCACUCGCCUCCUGACAUGCAAUAUCCACUCCAUCCACCAGCGGAGGAAGGUCGUGGGCCGAAGCAAGAACUUUGACCAACUGGUAGCAGAACUCAAGACCAAGGUUCGGGAGAAAGGGACCCAAUCACUGGAGGGAGGCUCCUCCAGCGGACGCUCCCCCAGCCCAGAGGCCCCCAGGGAGCAGGCUGGGGCUCCGCACUGCAGGAGACCUCUGGCCAGCCUCCCUGCCUUCAGUCGGUCUACUGGUGUGUCAGAGUGCACCCAAGAGGAGGAGAAGCAGCGGCAGGAUGAGGGAAGUCUCCGAGCCCCAUCUCCUCUUGUCCAUGGACGAAUCUCCAGUGAUGAAAGUGAGGGAGAAGGACCUGAGGAGCCCUUAGAAUUCCCAUCUUCUGAUGCACAUCCCAGACCAAUAGCGGUUUGUUCAUUUGGCAGCCAUGCGUUGGGUCAUGGCAUCUACACGUUUGACAGAAGACUUCACCACCUGAGGUCGGCUCUCAGCAGUAUGUUGGAACAGCACAUCAGCACCCAUCUUUGGAAGAAAAUACCUCAAGCCACAGACCUUCAAGCUCCGCCUCCUUCAGCCAAGACCAUCACUUCCUCAACUCCAUCCUCCAUAACCACCAUGUCCUCCUCUUCAUUACAUUCUAAGGUCCGCACAGGAAGUCAUAUCAGCUCCUCCCUCAAAAGUGCAUCAUCCAGUUCCUCUUCUUCCAGUCGUGGUCCAGGGAGACCCCCGACAACCAUACAAUCAGAGAACUCCGGGGUCAGUGGCAGCAGCAUUGGUGGCGGUCAUCUGGUGUCUCCAGGUAAGACUGUGGCAGUGCGUCAGAUGGGACCCGGGCGACCCAAGAACCCAGUGGGGCGACCAAGCAAGCAGAUGCUGAAGCUGCGAGAGGAGGCUGCUGCUGCCGCUGCCCUCCGCAAACGCAAAGCCCCGUCCCAGGAAGGGGAGCAUUCAGGCCCUGACAGGAACUGCAUCAUCUUCCAGGACCGGGGCCGCCCACCCUCAGCCACCUCUUCAACCUCCUCAUCUUCCUCUUCUAAAGCCUCCAUUCCCUCACCUCUCCCACACGGACAGACCAAUGGCACGCUUUCCCCCAGCAGUAAACCCCGCCCCCAGCCCUCCCCCUCAGAAUCCCAUUCACCAGCCGCCAAGGCAGUCUGGACCUACAGACGGACACACCCUCCUCUCAGCCAUUCAUCACCCCCAGACCUUUCCUCUGCCACCAACAACUCCCACAGCAGGGGCGUGGGGGACUCAGGACUGCACGGGCAGGGAAGUGGGAGGGGCUUCGAACACCAGGGGCUUGUAAAGAAACGCAAGGGGGGAAGCAUGGAAGAGCACUCGCCCUCCUCCAAACCCUCAGCGCACCGCCUGCCCUCCUCCUCCUCUUCAAGCUCUGCCACCACCUCCUCUCCGCGCUCUAACUUCUACCCCUGGAAGGACAGUAAAGGCGGGGGGCUGGCUGGGGGUGUGGAGAAGAAACUCGGCACACAGAAGCCAAAACUGCACCAUUAAGUGUGCCUGCCUUACAAGCCACUAUGAGGGUGCCAGCUCUGCGGCCUCUGAGGCAACAGGACUCAAGUGUGUGUGUGCGUGUAUGUGUGCGUCUGUCUUUUGUCUAUUGAGCAUAUGCUGAAGUAUGAGUGUGUCAGGUUGUUCGUAUGUGCAGAGUUAGUGCAGUAUGGUGAGAAUUGCAGCUGGGUGUGUGGGUCUGUGUGUUUGCUGUUGUUUGGAUGAAUGUCUGAGGGAGAACUGGGAGUGGGAGGGUGGGAUGAAAUUCAGAGUAUGGAUUUAGAAAUACCUCAAGACCAUCCGGUU